UGGGAUUGGGAAGGCACGGCACGUGGUUUCGGAAUCUCCUAUGUGACACUGGGAACGCUAGCCAUCGUGUUGAAUUCGAUAUUCCUGUACUCGCUUUUGGCCAGACGACGAAAAGCUUUCUCCCAUGCGUUCUACAUUAUGAUACUUGACUUCACCAUCAUCGAUACAAUCAAAGGUGUAUCAUCAAUACUAUUUGCGAUCAAGCUACUUAAAACAGACCUCAACUCAGAUCAAUCCCUGAUAUCGAUUCGUGUCGAUCAAUACAGUGGCGUGCUGUUACGAUUCGCAAAUUUGGCAACGAUUCUCAAUUUAUUGAGUAUCACGUUGAACGAAUACGUGUUCAUUUGUUAUCCAUUACGCUACUCUACUUUAGUUACA